AUGGUGUCGGCAGCAUCUGCAGUGACGGCAGAGUCGGCAGAUUCAGCAGGAACGGCCGUGCGGAGGACGAUCAGCAGCAGCAGCGGCGGCGGGGACGGCGAUUUCUUGACGCCCACAGGCGGCAACACGCCGUCCAGCGCCACCAGCUACGGCUCGGAUUCUUCCUCGGGGGGCUUUGUGCUGCGCCCCUUCGCUGCUGGCCCUCGGGAGUUCCGCACCAUCGCCCAGGGCAUCCUGAAUAAGGGCUCGGGAGCUGAAGGGCAGGGAGCAGACGGAGAGGGAGCAGGCAGGCAGGGCGCUUCAGGGGCGGGAACAAGAGGGCAGGGAGGAGCAGAGGAGAUGCGUAGACCGUCCACAGCGCAGCCGCAUGAGGCGCACGAGACUCGCGAGAGAGAGCACGAUGCAGCCUCUCUGGACCACUCCACUCGGCCCACAACCGCCCCUCUUUCCCGAAGCCCCUCCACCUCCUCGCUCACCUCCUCCGUCCCUUGGUCUGCCAGCGGCGCUCUGGACAGCUCAUUCGCUGCCGGCGUGAGGCGGUUUUCCCUGGAGACGGGGAGUGACGACGGGUCGCUGACAGAGCGAGGGUCGGUGGUAACCACCACACGGGAGAAGUAUGUGGAGCGGCUGGAGUUGAAAGUGGUGGAGCUGAAGCGACGGCUGUCUGUUGUGAUGGAGGAGAGGGAGAGAGGCGGCGCUGGUUUCGCGGGUGCUGGUGGCGGUGCUGCUGGUUCGGGGGCUGCUGGUUUCAUUGGCGGCGGUGGUGGUGGUGCUGCUGCUGGGUUGAGUGGGAUGUGGAGGAGUACUAGUGGAGGGGAGGUGCUGCUGAGGGAGGAGCUCAGGAAGAAGGCUAGUAGAGUGCAUGCGUUGGAGAGAGAGCUGGCAACGCUUAAGAGCCUGGUUGGGCUGGAUCCGGGGGAGGCUGUAUCUAAGGCUGCGGCGUAUGGUGCUGCUGGGGGCGCGGGUGGGGAUAUGGGGAGAAAAUCCAGAAGUGCGGAUGCCAGAUUUGUUGAUUUGAUAGAGCGGCACGGAGCAGAGGUUGCUGAGCUAAAAGAGUUACUUAAGGAGAAGGAGGAGCGGCUGGUGUUUCUGGAAAGGGAUAGGGAGGAGGUGAUGGAGCGAGUAGCAGCACAGGUGCAGGCAGAGAAACGUGCGGAGACAGAACGGCUGGCGAAAAUGCAAGGAGAAAUGGAAGCAGCUGCGGAGCAGCUGAAACGGCAGGUGUCAUCUGCCAUGGCUCGAUGGAAAGGGUUGGAGGAGGAGAAGGGAAGAUUAGCGGACCAGCUGCUUAAAAAGGAGGUGGUUAUAGAGGGGGAGCGGGAGCGGAAUGUGAGGGUUGGGGAGGAGUUGGCAGUGGUUCGGGGGCAGUAUGAGACGAUGAUGGAGACUGUCGCAGCUCUGCAGGAGGAUAGGGGGAAACAGGCUAAGGAGAUGCAGGGGUUGAGAGAGGAGACGCAGAGACUAAGGGAGGAGUGUGAGAAAUGUAGGGAGGAGAAUGAGAGGAUGAGAGAUGAAAGGGUGGGGCUUGAGAAGGAGCUGGAGAAGUUAAGGGAGGAGGUGCAGAGGCGGAGGAAGGGUGACAUUGCAGCUGCCCUGGAAACUGGGGAUUCCAAAUGUAAGAUGCUUCAUCUCGUCUACUUCAUUUCCUUGCUCUCUAUCCACCAGGUGAACCUGAGCGGCGAGCAGCGGGAGCUGCUAGAGGAGGAGCUGGUGCAGCUGCAGGAGCUGCUCGCCCGGUCCCGAGACGAGGAGGAGAGGCUGCGAGCCAAGAUGCAGGGCGAUGAGCAGCAGUGGCAGCAGCAGCUUCGGGAAUCAGCAGCCGCGUUAGGAGCCAAGGAGGAGGAAUCCAGGGCUCUGCUAUUGCGUGUGGAGGAGGGGGAGAGGGAGAGGGAGCGGCUCCGAGCAGAGGCGGAUGCGGCCAGGCUUGAGGCGGCGAGUGCUGGUGAGAAGCUGGCUGCGACGAAGGAUAGGCUGGGGGUGGCGAUUAGGAAGGGGAAGGAGGUGGUUCAGCAGAGGGAGGCGCUGAAAGGGACUCUGGCUGAGGAGACUGCUGUGCUGGAACGGUUAAGGGAUGAGCUGGAGCGAGAGAGGGAGGGGAGGAGGGAUGCGUUGAAGGCUGUGGAGGCGAAGGAAGGGGAAGUGGCGGAGGGGAGGAGGAGAGUGGGUGAGCUGGUGGGUGAAUUGGAGGAGGAGAGGAAGAGGUUGGAGGAGUUGGAAGCAGCAGUUGCUGCAGCGGAGGGGAAGGCGGCAGGGAUGGUGGAGGAAGGUGGGGAGAAGGUUAGGGAGAUGGAGGAGAGAGUGAGGGAGGCGGAGGAAAGGGUACGGGUGGCUGAAGUGGAGGUGGGUGAGGUGAGAAGGCAGGUGGCGGAUGGGAGGGAGCGUGCUGUGGAGCUUCUAGGGCAGGUGGCGGAGAGAGAUGCUCUAUUGGCGAGGAGAGGGGAGGAGUUGAGGGAGGUGGAGGGCCGAGAGAGGGAACUGGAGAGAAGGGUUGCGGAGGAAAUGGAGAGGAGGAUUGAGGAGGGGAGGGAGGAGGGGAGGAGGGAAGUGGAGAGGGAGGUGGGGGUGUGGGAGGGUAGGGUUGAGGAGGAGAGGAGUAAGGCGGAGGAUGCACUGAAAGAGGUGGAGUGUUUGUCUGAGGAGGUGGAGCGGUUACAGGAGAGGGUUGCAGAGACAGAGGGGCAGCUGGUUGCUUCGCAGACAGAACUUGCUGCAGCGAGGGGGGAGGUAGGUGAGAAGGAGGGGGUGGUUUCAGGGUUAGAGGUGAGCUUGAGGGGGGAGAGGGAGAGAGUGAGACAGCUGGAGGAAAUCGUGGAGACGCUAAGAGUGGAGGUUCAGGAGGCUCAGAAGGCAGGUGGUUCGGAAGCAGAAGCGAGGGAAAGGGAGAGAGAAAGGGAGAGUGCGCUGACUCGAGAGUUGGAGUCAUUGCAAGCACAGAAAGAGGCGCUGGUGGGUGCUGUGGAGGAUGAGAGGGCUAUGAGGGAGGAGGCGGAAGAGGCAAAGAGGAGGGUGGAAAGAGAGAAGGGAGAGGUGGAGGAGAAGCAGAGGGAGCUGGAGGCUAGGGUAGGGUUUUUACAGGCGAACCUAGAUGAGAUGAAUCUACAGGUUAAGGGUUGGGAGGAGCAAGUGGAGGGGCUUAAAGCUGAGGUUGUGGGCUGGGAGGAGAGGUUUGCUGGUCGGGAGCGGGAGUUUGCAGGCUCGGCUGCCGAAGCUGAGGCUCGGCUGGAAGAGGUUCGGCAGGAGCUGGAGGGGAUGAGAGGGAGGGAGAAGGAGUGGGAAGGGAGGGUAGGGGAGGUGGAGGAGAGAGUGAGGGAGGGUGAGAAAGCGUUGGUGGAGAGUGAGAGGCUUUUGCAGGAGGAGAGGGAGAAGGCGGAAGGGCUUCAGAGGGAGAUUAAAGAGAUGGAGGUGAGAGGGAAGGAGGCUGAGGAACAGAAUAAGGAGGCUGAAGCAAGAGCCAUGGAGGCUGAAGGACGGGUUAAGGAAGCCGAAGCAAGAGUUGAGGAGGCUGAGAGGAGGAGGAAGGAGGAAGAAGCUAGAUCGAGUGAGCUGUUGCUGCAAGUGGAAGAGGCGAAGCGGAGAGAGAGUGAUGCGAGUGAGGGGAAGGGUGGUGAGAGUGAGGGGGAGGUGUGGAGGGCUGAGUGGAAGGCCGAAGAGGCGUUGCUGCUGCAGAAGCAGGCUGAGAUUGAAGGGCUUCUGUUGGCUAAGGGACGAGAGUUCCUGGAGCUGAAAGGAGAGUGGGAGAGGGAGAGAGAUGCUUGGGCAGCCGAGAGGGGUGAGUGGGAGAGAAAGGCGAAGGGAUGGGCGAUGGAGAAAGAGGAUUUGCUUGGGAGGCUGCAGGGGGAGAGGGAGAAGUGGGAGGAGGAGCAGGGGAGGGUGGAGGAGAGUGAGGGGCAGCUACAGGAGCAGGUGGAGGCGGAGAGGAGGAAAGUGGCCGGGUUGAGAGAGGAGAGGGAGCAGCUUCGGAAGAGGGUGGAGGGAUUGGAGGAGGAGGUGGGGCAGGUGCAGGAACAGGUGGAAGCAGAGAGGCGGAAGGUGGAGGAGUUGAGAGGGAGUUUGGAGGAGGAGGAGAGGCGGUGUGGGGAGAUGCUGGGUGAGUUGCAGGCUGUGGCGGAGGGGAGGGAGGAGGAGAGGAGGCAAGUGGCGGGGCUGAGAGAAGAGAAGGAGCUGCUGCAAAAGAGGGUGGAGGGUUUGGAGGAGGCAGUGGAGCAGGUGCAGAGGAAGAUGGGCGAGGUGGAAGAGGAGAAGGGGCAGCUGCAGAGGAAGGUGGAAAGACUGGAGGCGGAGGUGGAGCAGCUGCAGCAGAAGAUGCAUGCUGCAGAGCGGAAGGACGUGGUCACUCUCGCGAAGGUAGUUGCCAGCGAGACAGCUGCAGAAGAAGCAACCAAGCAGCUUCAAUCAGUCCAAUCCGCCCUCGAGGCAAAGCAAGCCGAGCUCUCCUCUCUUCAACAGCAAGCAGAGGAGGUCGAAGAAGCCUUAGAGCAGCGCGAGACAGAGCUUGAUUCCCUUAAAACCGACAUCUCGGCGCGAGAGAUGAUCUGGCGUGCGUCGCAAGACGCAGAGGCACAAGCAGCAGAGGAUGCUAUUGCGGUGGAAGCGGCUGCUGCACGGGAGAUGGCGGAGAGAGAGAGGGAUAAGGUGAAGGAGGAAGCUGAGGCGGAAGCAGCGGCUCUGAGGAAGGUUCUGGGAAUGCGGGAGGCGCAGCUGGAGAAGCUGCAGGCUCGGGUGGCCGAGGCUGAGGAGACGGUUCAGGAGAAGGAGGAGGUUCGGGCGGAGCUGGAACAGGCUCGGGCUGAGCUGGAGGAGGUUCGGGUGGAGCUUGAGAAAGCUCGAGGGGAGGUGGUUAGGGUUAGGGAGGAGAUGGGGGAGGAGAUGGAGGGAGUGAGGGAGAGUAGUGUGAGAGCAGAGGAAGAGGUGGAGAAGCUUAGGGCUGCUUUGGAGGGGUAUAGAGAGGAGGUCGAGGAGGGAGAGAAAAAGGUGAGUGAGUGUGAGACGAGGCUAGAAGAGAGUGAGAAAGAGAGGAGGGCGGCUCUGGAGAAAAUGGAUUCGUUGCUUGGAGAGCUGAUGGAGAAGAGUGAGGAGAGUGAGAGGGCGAGAGAGGAGGGCGAUAGGCUGAAAGUGGAGGCUGGCCGGUUGAGGGAGGAGGCUAGAAGGCUGGAGGAAGAGGUGAAAAGCCGCGAGGAGGAGAUUAGUAAGCUGAAAGAGGAGGCUGUAAAGGGAAGUGCAAGGGCAGGAGCUGAUGGUGAGAGGGAGCGACUGGAGGAGGAGGUAGAGCGGCUGACGAGGGAGGUAGAGCAGAAGGGAGCAUUGCAGAAGGCCGCUGAAGACGCAAGGGCAGCAGCAGAGGAAGAAAAGGCAGCUGCAGAUGCAGCAAGAGCAGCAGCAGAGGCGAAGAACGCGAGUCUGGUGAAGAAGGCGAAGGAGAGAAUCGAAGGCAUGAAGCAGAAGGUUGCGGUGGAAGCACAGUCUGCUGCAGUCGCGAGAGCCGAGGUUGACCGACUGAAGCGGCUUCUAGAGGGGGGAGAUAGGGGAGGGGGAGGAGGAGAGGGAGGAGAGGGAGGAGAGGGUGGGGCAGGGGAGAAAGGAGCAGAGGCGAAGGCAUCAAAUGUUGGGGACGCGGCCGAGAUAGAGGGGCUUCGUGCCAAGGUCUCUUUCCUAGAAGCGGAGCUGUCUCAGUUGAAGCAAGGGGAGGGGAAUGGGGCAGGAGCAGGGGGAGAAGGAGCAGCAGGGGCGGCACCAGCGGCAGCAUCAGCGGCAGCAGCAGAGGCAGCAGCAGAGGGGGAGCGGGUGAGGGAGUCACUGAAGCAGGCACAGGAGCAGGUGGCGGGGGUGAGGGAGAAGCUGAGCAAGGCUGUGCGCAAGGGCAAGGCGAUCGAACAGCAGAAGCUGAAGCUGGAGGCAGAUCUCGCUGCUGCCCGGGCUGAGAUUGACGCUCUCAGGGCGAGCACUGGGACAGGCGCAGGGGCAGACGGAGGGACAGGAGUAGGGGCAGAGGCAGCGGCAGCGGCAGGGGCGGCAGCAGGAGCAGUGGCAGGGGCAGGGGCAGGGGCAGAGGCAGGGGCAGGGGCAGGGGCAGGGGCAGGGGCAGGGGCAGGUGUAGCAGCAAGGGAGCAGGUAGAAGAGCUAAGAGGAUUGUUGGCAGAGGCAGAAGAGGGGAGAAAGAAGGAGGAGGAGGCGAGGAGGAAAGAGGAGGAGGCGAGGAGGAAGGCUGAGGAGAGGCUGAAAGAGACAGUGGCGAUGAUGGAAGGGGUGACAGAUGCUCUUGCGGGGCGAGAGAAGGAGUGUGAGGAGGUAAGUAACGAACUUACUGAGCUAAGAAAGACUCUUAGUAGCGCUCAGGAGGAGGUUGCCAGGCUGAUGGGGGAAGUGGAUAGGUUGGAGGAGGAGGGUGUGAGGGAGAGGGCGGAGGCAGAGGAGAGAUUGCGGAAGGUGAAGAGGGAGAGUGAAGAGAUGGAGGGGUUUAAGAAUGGGAAAAUAGCCGAGGUGGAAGAGAUGUUGGCUAUAGUAGAAACGGAUCUUGCUGUAGCGAGGCGGAGGGUUGAGGAGGUGGAGAGGGAGAAAGAGGAGGUGGAGAGGGAGAAAGGGGAGUUGGAGAGGGGGAGGGAGGAGUGGGAGAGGCGAGUGAGGGAGUUGGAAGAGGAAGUGGGUAGGUUGGGAGAGGAGGGGAGGGGAUUGGAGUUGGAGCUAGAGAGAGUGAGGGAGUGGAGGGGGGUGGCGGAGGAGAGGGGUAGGGUUGUGGAGGGCAUGAGGAGGGAAGUGGAGGAGGCGAGAGAAGAGAGGGAGGAGAGGGGGAGGGCCUUGGUGGGACUGGAGGAGAGAGUGAGGGAGUUGCAGGGGGAGUUGGAGGAGGAGAGGAGGCGACGGGCGGAAGAAGAGGUGAAGAGGGUGGAAGACGAGAGGAGGAAGGAGGAGGAGGAGAAAGCGAGGACUGGAGGCGAGGGGGAGAAAGAAAUCGGAGAGGCACAGGCACAGUUGAUGGAGAAAGAAGAGCGGUUGAGAGCGGUUGACGGGCAGUUGAAGGAGGUUCAGUCCCAAUUGGCAGCGGUUGAAGGGCGGUUGGUGGCAGUACAGGGAGAGAAGGAAGCAGCAGAGGAGUUAAUGCGAGGGUUGGAGGCAGAGAGGGGCGUGGGGAAAGAGCGAGUGUGUGCUCUAGAGGAUGAGAAGGCAGGUUUGGUUAGGGAGUUGGAGCAGGAGAGGGAGAGGAGAGAGGAUGCAGAUAGGAAUUUAGUGGGAGUGCAGGGUGGGUUGGAUGAGGAGAGGGAGGCGAGGAGAGUGGCAGAAGCUGAGCUGGAUAGUCUACGUUCUGAGCUGGCAAGUGCUCGUGAUGAGCUGGCGAGUGUCCGUGCUGAGCUGGCAGCGGCUGGCCGUGAGGGGCAGAGGAGGAGUGAAGGUGAGACAGGAGAAGGCAGUGCGGAGGAUGCUGAUGCAGUGGCUGUGAGAGAGAGAGUGAGGGAGCUCGAGGAGAGAGUGAGGGAGGAGGAGAAGAGAGUGAAGGAGGAGGGAGAGAGAGUGAGAUUGCAGGAGGAGAGAGUGAGGGAGAAGGAGGAGAGGGUAAUGGAGGAGGAGGAGAGAGUGAGGAAGGAGGCGAAGAGAGUGAGGGAGUUGGAAGUGAAGGUGGUAAAAUUGGAGGGUGAACUAGCAGAGCUGCAGCUACAGUUAGAAAAGGAGAGGGGGGAACAGAAUGUCGCAAAGGAACAGCUAGAGGCUGAUAAGGAACAAGCUUGUAACGAGGCUCAGGAGCUAAGGGAGCAAGUAUCUCAACUGCGGGCAUCUCUCUUGGUGCUUGAAACAGAAAGGGGCGCGUGGGUGGUUGAACGAGAUGCUCUUGUAGCAGCAGAGCGGCAGGUGCAGGACGAGAAGCGCGGUUUGGAGGAGCAGGGAGCGGUUCUGAAGGGUCGGAUUCAGGAGGUGGAGGUGGAGAGGGAUGGGUUGCAGGCUGCUGUUGGUCGGCUGGAAGGGGAGAAGGGCGGGUUGCAGGAAGCAGUGGGGCGCUUGGAAGGGGAGAGGGCGCGGCUAGUAGGGGAUAAGGAGCGUUUGGAAGGAGAGAGGGCUGGUUUGCUGGCGGAAGUUUCUCGUAUGCAAGCGGAGAAGGAGGGGGUUGAGAGAGAGGGAGAGCAGUUGCGAGGUGAAUUGGAGGAAGAGAGGAGGAGAGGGGAGAGUGCGAGGAAGGAGGGUGAGGAGAAGGGGAGGGUGGUAGAUGAGUUGGAAAGAGUGGUGGAGGUCUUGAGGGGUGAGAUGGAAGAGAUGAGAAGGGAGCGGAAGCGGGAGAGGGAGAGGAGUGAAAAGGAGGAGGGGGAGGAGGUGGGUAGGGAUGAAGCGGAUAAGGUUGAGAAGGAGAGGAGAGUAGCUGAACUGGAACGAGCUUUGCACGAGAAGGAAGGAGAGGUAGAGAGACUGGGGAAGGAGGUGCGGGAAAAGGAAUUGUUGAUUGAGGAGUUGAGAGGGCAGGUUGGGGAGAGGGACGGGGAGCUUGAGAGGCUGAGGCAGGAGGUGGGGGAGAGGGAAUCGAUGAUUGAGGACCUGAGAGGGCAGGUUGGGGAGAAGGAAAGGGAGAUUGAGAGGUUGAAGAGCGAGGUUGGGGAGAGGGACGGGGAGGUAGAAAGGCUGAGGCGGGAGGUGGGGGAGAGGGGAGGGGAGGUGGAGAAGCUGAGGCGGGAGGUGGGGGAGAGGGAAGGGGAGGUAGAAAGGCUGAGGCGGGAGGUGGGUGAGAAGGAGGCGGCAGUGGCGUCGGUGGCAGCGGCACGGAGCAAGGCAGUGGAGAAGCUGAAGAUGAUGGUCGAUAAGCUCAAGGAGGUGCAGGCACAGUCAGAGGCAGUGGUGCAGGAGGCGGAGAUGAGACUGGAGGAGAAGGAUAGGGAGAUGGAGGAGCGGCUGAGAGAGAAGGAUGCAGAGCUGCAGGGGGUGUGGGACCGUCUAAGAUUGGCGGAGGCUCAACUCGGAGGGAUGGCAGACGGCAGUGCUCCUGCUCCUGCUGCUGCUGCGCCUAAUUCUGCUUCUGCUGCUUCGUCUGGUCCCUCUGGCGGUGGACACUUCCCGGUUAUUGAGUCUGGAGAUAAGGCAGCUGCUGCUGGUGCUGGUAGUGAUGCUGCUGCAGGUGGUGAGGGGGAGAGCAUGACUAGUGGUGCAGCAGCCAUGUGGCAGGACGCUGUUACGUCGCCACAGCAGCAGAAAUCUGAGGCAGGCGCUGCUGCUGGUCUUCCUGGCGUGGCAGAGAAGGAUGCUGAGCUGGCAAGGCUGCGCGACGAGGUGGCAGCAGCGGGCGAGGCGGUGAGGGUGCUGGAGGGACAACUGGAGGCGGCAAGGAGAGAGGCAGACGACUUGAAGCGCAAGGCAGUCCCCCCACCUCUGCCCUCUUCCUCCUCCUCCUCGCAAUUGGCAUCAGCAUCAGCCUCCACGCUCCUACCAGUCACCACGCAGAGGAAGGCAACACCUGGGGGAGGUGCAUCUGACACGUCAGCAGAGUACCUGCCUCUGCUGGCGCAGCAGCUCGCCACGUCAUCGUCCGCCUCGCUGGCGGGCCACACAGCGCUGCAGAUUGCUGACUCGUACCCCGACGACGAAGUGCACGGGUUCAAGUCAAUAGUCAGUGCAUUCCGCUUCCUGCCAUCCUUCCUGCACCCAGCUGCCAAGGGCAUCGAUCGCCUAUGUGUGGCGGGAGGGCAGUCGCUGAUGGCCCGGCCCAUGAUGCGCCUGCUGCUCGUGCUCUACUGGAUGGCCAUGCAUGCUGCCAUGCUCGCCAUGCUUGCCGCCCUCACUGUUGCUUGA